AUGGAAAUGGCCAACAAACCAGUAGCUCCAACUAAACAAUUAACACAUUAGUAAACACCAAAUGCAUCUGAGUAUAAAAUACAAUUCAAAGUUGGAGGGGGAAAGUAAAUGUAAAAAGAGGAUGCCAAUUAAUUCAAUUCAUAAGCUGCUCCUUUUAUUCCCAUGAGUCCUCAAUAGCGCCAUGAGAAUGCUUAAAUAUUGCAAUCACCUCAAAAUCGUUAACCAUAUUUACUUUCACCUCAACAUCAAUCUCCUUAACUUUAAUUCUAAUCUCCAAACACUAAAGACUUGAAACCACAGCAAUUCUUUUCGUAAAUGUAAACAAAUCAAUAACCUAAACAAAUUGCUCAAUAAUCUUCCCACGUUUCACCUACUCUGAUGUCAUAAAACUCACAAAAAGUAGUCAAUUAUACCAAUACAUUUGCUCUCUAAGAAGAGUUGAAAUGUUUACAAUAACAAAGUAUUAAGAUGACCCAAGAGAUUUAGAAAUUAGAAUCUGAAGCUGAAAGAGUUCAAUCAGUCUAAUUGAUUAAAGAAUUAGAGGAUAAGAUAAAAUUGCUUAAUUAGAUGAAUAAAUAAUUGUUACUUGAUAAUACAGAACUAAUGAAAGUGCCUAAUUUAUUGGCAUUGCGAGAUCUAAUAGUCAAAUACUAGAAUGAUAGAAAAGUAGCAUAUAAUCAAUUGGCAGUCUUGAAAAAUGAGAUUUAGAAUUAUCGAAUGCGGUGUGAAGAAUUGGAAGGAAAAAUUAAGAGCGAUAAUUCUCAAGAAUUAGGUGAUUUGGUUUAGGAGUUGGAAAAUAAGGUUUAAACUUUGAUUUUAGAAAAUGAUCGAAUCAAUUUAUAAUUGAAAAACGGGAGUAAUCUUGCUAGUUCAAUUCAGAAAUAAAAGCAUGAGAAUGACCUUGUCAAGGAGAAAUUAAUAAAAAGCAGAAAGGAGGAAGAGGCAUUGAAAUAAUCAUGUUAAAAGGAUGAAAUAAAAUUGAAACUGUAUGAGGAGUGUAAUGACAAACUGAAAUUGCUUCAAGAUGAAAAUAAAAGAUUAUAGUAAAUUCUAAAUGAUUCUGAGUUGAAUUAAAAUGAUUUAAAUAGCCUUUAAGAAAAGAUAUAAGUCAUAAGGUCGGAUAAUGAUAGAAUGAUGAGAUAACUUAAAAAUAAAUAAUGA